UGAAUGUUUAACGACACCCCAGCACAAAUCUGUCAUAGGGUCUCAAACAAAGUCAAAAUCCAUACUCAGGGUAGACAUGCCUGAGGCUUAAUCUGGUAAGAUAGAAUUGUUAGACAAACAAUGUUUUGGUUUGAUAUGUUUCCAGUUAAACACAGCGAAAGGAAGUUCAGUUAGUAGGAAGAUCAAUGCGCGGCUGUGUUGGGAAGAACAAUUGAUAGAACUGCAAUUUGACGCACAAAAUCGAUAUCACCUACAAUUCCCACACACUCACAUUCCCGCCUUUCAGACGGCAGUCAGUCGGAUGCCGAUGACAGCGGAAGAACACUAGCUGUGGAAGUUUGUCGCUAGUUUAGAUUUUUAAACCCAGCGAAGUGGAAUCCUCGGUUGAUGACACACACGUUAAUUACUGCCGACACAUGGUCAGCAGAUAAACAAUUCGCGGAGCCGAUACUACGGAAUGCGUCAGUAUUUGUAAGACAAUAAGUUCACGUUACUCAGUAACAGGUUUUAAUGACACACAGUCUGUAAGCAGCUGAUGAUUUGGUGGACAGCAGAACGUCACCUAACUAUUGUCAGUUAAUGACUUUCAUUUCACAUGACUUGUCAGAGAAACAUGUUUAAAAAAUUUCACCGCUGAAAUCUCGUUAAUGACAAUUUCCGAGGAUUGAAUAAUAAAUAUUCAUUGCGAUGUAUUGACUGGACAAUUUUUCUAGAUCCGUAGUUUACUGUGUUUGUGUUUGUAAGGAGAACAGAGAUGGGUGACUCCUACCAUGAGCCUACAGCAGACGAGACGUCCCCUAAAGAGGAUCCUAAUUCUACCCAAAUCACUCAAGGGCAUGCCAAAGAAAAAGUUAACUUUUGGAAGUUGUUCAAGGGCAACUGGAUAAAGGUGGUGACGCACUGCGCGGUGUUUGGAAGUUUCGGAGUCUGUGUCGGUUUCCUGGGACCAACCGUGUUUGAUCUGGGAUGCCAGACAAACUCGGACUUGAAGAAAAUGAGCUGGGUGUUCUUUGUUCAGCUACUCAUGACUCUUGUUGGAUCUAUAACAGCCGGGUGUUUGGCGGAUAAAGUACCCACGAACAUCCUGCUUCUAAUAGGCUCGGUGGGCGUGUCUUUCUCCAUGGUGCUAAUCCCGUCAUGCACCACGUUGGGCGGGCUCAUCGUCGUCCUCAUGAUCAUGGGCUGGUGUAUGGGCUGUAUCGAUUGUAUAGCCAACUUGAAGAUGAUCAUCUUGUUUAAGAAGAACGUCGCUCCAUUCCUACAGGCGAUGCACUGUUGCUAUGGUUUCGGAGCCUUCGUAAGCCCCAUGAUCGCCUCUGCGUUCCUGCUCAACAUGGACUGCACGCCUUUCGUGGACGGCUACACCGUGGCGCCAGAGCCGAUAGUGAGCCAUGACAAGAACGUUACGUUCCAGGUGCCGCCCCAACCUCACAUCGUGUUCCGGUACAGGAACAUGAGUCAUAUACCCACAGCCUUCUACAUCCUCGGUGGACUACAGUUCAUCAUCGCUGCCUUGGUUGCGCUGGUUGUGAUCCGAGACCGUCUGAGAGGAGAGGUGGACCAGCCCAGCGAGACGUAUCACACAGCAACGAAAAGUAUAUCGGAAGACGGCUGGCUGCAGUGGGUGAAAGACCAGUGCUGUGUGUUCGGUCCCAGAGAGGUGAUAGUGAUCGUCGCGCUAGCAGCCAUGUCCAUCUUCUUCUACGAUGGUCUCCAGUCUUCCUACGCCAAUUAUAUUUACACGUACGCCCAUCAGUCGGAUGUAGCCAACAUUGAGAAGUAUGAAGGUGCUAUACUGGAUGCCUGCUUUUGGGGUAUGUUUGCUCUAGGGAGACUGUUAGCCGUGCCUGCUGCUACCAAAUUCACAGCCGCCUGUAUGCUGCUUGUCAAUAUAAUCGGCUGCUCAUUCGCCAUCAUCAUCACGCUCAUCUUUCGCUUCAGUCACGUGGCUAUCUACCUUGGCACGUGCCUGGUGGGGAUCUUCACGAGCAGCAUGUCUCCCACGUGCAUCUCCAUGACGGAGCAGUACGUCGACAUCAACUCCUCUAUAACGACAGUCCUCGUCGUGUUUGCGGCUCUUGGCGAGGCUCUCUGUCCUAUCAUAGUCGGCAAUCUGGUCGUCACUGUAGGAGCAACCAGUUUCCUCGCCUUCUGUUUCACCAUCGUACUGUUGUCGCUCCUUCUGUACUGGGCACUGUUCGCGGCGGGAAAACAAAUGCCCAAGUUUUCAGCAUCGAGACCAGGAUCGUUUGUUUGGUUAUCAAGGAAGUAUUCAGCAGCAGGGGAGAGCACUGUGAUCGACCCGUCGUCUGUGAAGUACUACACACGUAUGCCCGAAAGUUUGAGUUCUGGAAAUGUUGAAAUGGCAGCGUUGGAUGAUCCGCCCCAAACUCGCUGGGAAAUAGGUUCACCCACGAAAUAGCAGAGUUAUUAUGUCUGACUGAAACACGGUAACAAGAGAAGUGGAUCCACCAACCUGAAAUAAUAGUAAUAAUAAUAAUAAUAAUAAUAAUAAUAAUAAGAAGAAUAAUAAUAAAUAAUAA